UGAUGAAUUCCCGAUGAAUAGGACUGACCUCACUGGUAGUUCUUCUAGCUGUGUGGUGCUUGGCCGCCACGGGAUCUGAAUCAGACCUUGGCCACAUCCGAAUCUGACUAAGGUCAUGAAGGCGCACCAGAUUAUUGACACGGUUCAGAGGGAGCAGAGGCGUCAAUUUGGAGUCAAGAACCCUAGAACCGUCAUUGUGGUGACUCCCACUUAUGUGAGGACGUUCCAGGACCUUCACAUGACCGGUCUGAUGUACUCGCUGAUGCUGGUGUCGUACGAAGUCGUUUGGAUCGUGGUGGAGGCUGGUGGAGCUAGCAAUGAGACCGAUUCGAUCCUCGCCAAGUCGGGACUCCGGACCAUUCACGUUGGAUUCGAGCAGUGGAUGUCGAAUUCUUGGGAGGGUCGUCAUCGAUUGGAGGCUCAGAUGAGGCUUCGUGCAUUGAGGAAAAUGGGUAUUCUCGAGACAUUCUGACUACGGUGCACAGAAGUAGAGCUGACUGUCCACAGCUUGAGGUUUAAAGUUGUUGAACCCUUGUGCAAUCUUAUUUUCGGUAAUGUACAUCUUAUUCAAAACUUCAUGUAAUUGUCACUGGGCAGGAAAUGGUUACUGUCAGUGUAGAUGGUUCUGUGCUUGAUCGAAUUUAUAAAAUCAUGUCAUAUUUACGUCUCUGAUUUAUAUUUGUCAUAAAAUCAUGUCAUCUUGAUGCUAAAUUGAAUUUAUUAAGCAUGUAUAUUUGUUUUGAUUUAAUAUAUAUAAAUAUAUAAUUUUUUAUUAAGUUGUCUCUGAUGAUACAUUAGACUAAAUUUUGGGGCCCAGUUGUUGAAUUCUUGAAGUAUAAAAAUCUUCUUGGUA